AUGGGCCAAAUUGGGGCCGCUGCGGCCGCUGCUGCUGCCGCCGCCGCUGCUGCUGCUGCUGUACAUCAACGCCCCAACACCACCGUCAGCACACCUCAGACACAGAAUCGCCAGCCACCGAUGUCCGUUGGUGAGUCGAUUACCCUACAGGGGUUUUUCGGUUGUCUUCCGAUUUCCGAUACGAAUCAGUCCGCUUACCAAAAGGGUAUCAUAAAAAACAAUAGAAAAUAA